AUGUUGAGCACAAGAGUGAGGACUCAGCAGCCACAGCAUCAUCUUAAGUCAAAUAUAAAUGAAAAAUGAGGAGUUGUUGUUGUUUUUUUGCUGGGAGCCAAAUGCCAAGAACACUUAAGACAUUUUAACUUCACUGCAGACACUUCCAAGCAAUGCUGUGUAAGGGCGAUUCCAGCGAGUGCUUCCAGAACCGCGCGCAACGCAUGAUGCCUUCCCUGCAGGACCUGAAGCAGCCGAGCAGGCCGAGGCCCCUCAGCGAACCGUGCGACCGCUCCUUUGCCGUGAAACGCCUCUGUAAGCAGAAGGCCCAGCAGGAGCGACUCUCGAACCAGCGCGUGUCCCAAGCCAGCGAGGCCAACACUUACGACUCGGCCUGCUGUCUAGCCAACCCGUUGGAGGAAGAAGGAGAAGAAGAAUCCGACGGAUGCUUGGCUCAAAGCCCGCCCACCAGUGAAAAGAGCCUGGACCUUGACUCUGGCUACUCGGAGGCCUCUUGGCAUGAUGAAGGUGUUGUUCUGAGAAGGACAAGAAAUGUGCGCAUUUCCUCUUCGGCUUGCCUCCGUACAAACAUGGGACCGACAAGUCGGAUCCGACCCAAAUCCACCUCGGACGCUUGCUUGGAGCGCUGGACUUCCUUUGAGGCCAGCGACCCAGAGGACUGGACGACAGCCCUGCUGAGCAGAAGCAGGAACAGACAGCCUCUGGUUCUUGGGGACAACAGCUUUGCAGACCUAAUUAAGAACUGGAUGGACCUACCGGAGUGUCCAGAACCUGCAGAACUCAAGCCAAGUGCUGGUCGGCGUCUCGCCAAGGACAUUCUGGUCAACAUGAAGCGGCGACUGGCCGGGAUGUCUAAAAGCGUAGAAACGAACCAGAAACCGGCAGAGUCCGCUCGAGGGAACAGGGCUGCCGAGGCUCCGAAACGAUUGUCCUGCCCUGUGGGACACCAGUUGCUCAAACCUUUCUUCCACCAGUCGCACACGGGCUUGCAUGCCAUCGACUCGGACUUCUACCACUUCACCGCCACUUCACUCAUGAAGACUGGCAGCCGACAGCCCAUAAUAUGCAACGACAUCAUUGGCUACAUUUGACUCUAUACAAUGGAUUUUUUUUUUUUUGUCCAGAGUAUCAACCCAAAUAAAACUCCUUGAUAUUUAAUUUUUUUUGUAAAUAAUCUGUAAACUGUUUCUUAAUCCUUUCAAGCACAAUUCUUUACCCUGUAGAAGCAAUAUGACUGGCAUACAGUCCAGGGUAGCCUUUGCAGUAUUUUUCCUUCUGUAAUAGCACUGAUUUCUUUCAUGAUGCUCUCGCGGCACUGUUGGUAUCACCUUGCUACUUGGAUGGCAUCUGAGGAUGACCAGAGGCUGUGAUGUAAGAAUCGACAUGAUCAUGCUCACUCUUGUCUGUUUGUAGUAUUUUGUCUCUGCAGAAUAACAUUUGCCAAUACAUUGCAAUCAUUCCCUUUUGAGGGAAUUACACAUUGCGGUAUGCAGUGGAACUUCCAGAGUGAAACACAAUUCAUUCCAGUCGACCUGGAGUUUGUUCUCAUUCCAAAAUAAACAAAAUAGUCAGAGAAGAAAAAA